AUGCCUUACUCUGGAGCAAAAACUGGUUUCCGUAAUGCACCUAUAACAAAAGCUCUUUUACUUUGCGUUAGUGGCUGUUCACUAGCAGCCUACUUGUUAGAUCGUAAAUCAUUAUUUCAAUUACAACUUAAUCCUCAAAUUACAACAAACCAUGAGUUAUGGCGACUUUUAACAUCAAACAUUGCAUUAACAACUUCUGGUGAAUUUUUUUUUGGAAGUAUUGCCAUAUAUCAACUUAGAAUAAUAGAGCAACAAUUUGUUGGAGCACUUUUUUUUGGAAGAUCAUACGGGUUGACUCAUAUACCGCCGGGGCCCUAUGGUUUCAUAUUUGCAGCUCUUUACCAAUACAUGAAAAUGAUUCCUUCCGUUCACAAAUAUAAAUUACUAGGAUUACCCUUUGGUAAAAAAACUAUAGUAUAUUUUAUGGGAGCUUUACCUCUUUUGGCUUUCCGAUAUCCGCAUUCUAUUAUUGGUGGUGUAUGUGGUAUUUUAGCUGACCAUAGACUACAACCGACUACAUCAUCAUCGUCAUCAACAAAUGAUAUAAUAAGACGUCAGGCACGGAUUGGCUCGCCAUCUGUAGCACAGACAAUUGUCAAUGAGGAGCAUAUUGCUAAUCUCCGAGCAAUGUUUCCACAAAGUUCACAAGAAGUUAUUACUCAAGCAUUAGAAACUACCAACAAUGAUAUCAAUAGAGCAGCUCAAUUUCUUCUAGAUCAUCAUUUUUAA